AAGAAAAAAAAGAGGAGGGAGCAGAGGAGGGAAAGAAAACCUGUCUCUUUGUGUGGGAAGGACCCAGCCGGGAGGUAUUUUUGUGAUUAUUUCGGUUUGCCAGCAAAGCGAGGCUCCUCUUCCUCUGACUUGCAGAAACAUCCCGUCUACUUGAGUCUUCACACCAGAGCCCGUAUGAGUGAUCUUCUCAGGCCGCCAAACAGCGACACCCGGGCUUCUCCUGAUGAUGAGAGCUGACGUCAGACUGGUUUCCAUGAAUAUUGAUGUGGAGGAUAGUCUGUUUCAUAGAAGAACAGAAGGAGGCAAGAUGGCUGCCCUUUAGGAUUUGUUAAAGAGGAGACCCAGACGGUUUAUUGGAAUUUCUACAAAGUGGAGGGACGUAAACAGGAGGACGGACAGAGGGCAGCCCUGUGGAUGGACUCUGAGCAGGCCAGAUGGAAACAGAAAAAGCCAGACAUGAGACGGAAGAAAGUUUGAUGUUAGCACAAUUUGGCUCAUCUCACAUCUCUCACAAACUCCAGAAUGGAGGCCAGUCUUCUGAGGGAGAUUCUGGGGAUACCGACUGGAACCAUUACAAGCCCGGUGCAGGUACCAACUCCAUGAAGAGGCAGAGGGAGACCUGUAACAGCCCUGCUUCAGUGCAUGGGCUGUUCGAUCAAGGAUCCUACAUCGUAAAUGGAGAUUUGAUCAAUGGAGAGUUGAAGAAUGCACUAACUGAGCAGUCCUUACUGGUCCAUCAAUCCAAGAAACUCAAAGAAAAUUCAGAGAUUACAGGAAAUGAUGACUUAGGCUCCAGUUUGUUGGAUAACUUUUCUGAGAUGACAAAGAUGGAAUUUGAAUGCAAUACCCCACAUAUAGAGAUUAAGUUAGACAAGAGAAAUUACAAUUUUCCUAAUGGAGAUAUCUUUAGUUUACCAAGAAAUAAACAAGUUCCAAUUCAAAAUGGUGCUGUUUCAUCCCCCUCAACCAUAGAAAGCACUCCAGGUGAUCUUUUAGAGAAAACUUUAUCCCAAUAUUAUCCUGAGCAAGUAUCAAUUGCACCCCAAACGUCAAGGCCUCAGCUAGAUGCUGUUAAUGGUUCAACGACUAACAAACCACCUCAUGAAGGUGCUCAACCCCCAUCUUUAACCUCAAGGCUUCCCAAUUCAGAUCAGGACCCUGACUCACAGCAAGAUGUGGGAACAAGCAAUGUUGAAGGGGGCGACAAUUAUAACUCUGUAAACUAUUUGGCGAAUGGCUACUCUGACAAUUUUGAAGCAGACCACCAGCACCCCCAACAGCAUCAGCAGCAGCCACCAUCUUACCCUGGUAAGGAGCUCCCUUUGGGUCAUCUACCUGGCAUGAUCCCAACUAGAGCCAAUGGCUCACAACAUCAAAAUGGCCAACAGUGCUAUCAAGAUGAGAAAAAUCCCCAAGGUUUAUAUGAAAAGGAGGAACCAGGGAGUAGUCAGCAUCAGCAUCAUGGCACUGGCAGGGGCCUUCAAUAUGGGAAAAAACCCAACACCUUAAGCCAAAAUGGUGGAACCCCACAUGGAGCUGACAGCAUGGGGUCAAUUGGGCCCAGUCACCAGCAGCUACAUCACGCUGGAUCAGAAAAGGGAAUGGAGAACACAUCUCAGCAGAGAGCCAACUUGUUAUCUACUCCCCACCAGAACAACUGGAUGGAGAUGAACUCUUCAAAUUCCCAGCAGACACCAGCAAGUGGCCCAUCAACACAGGCACAGGAGCAGGGCAUGUGGCGGGGCUUCCCUCAGUCUCAGUCAGAGAAGCAGACCGCUAACCCCCAGGUUCACUGCCAGGUGUUAGAGCAAAAUCAGUUGCAAAGAUUCCAGACACAGGGAGUUUACACAGAGAGCAGCCAGGGGUCCAACAGCUACCAGCAGCAACAGCAGGACCAUCUCCCUGUCCAGACCCACUGUGUUACACCCCAGCACAACACUGCCCCUGAGUGGCAGCAAUCAAACUCAAAAGUACCUCAAAUGCAGCAGCCUGGAUCCCAGGAGAUGCCAGAGCAGAGAAAUUUCCCCCAAAAUCCGCAAAUAGACAGCCGCUUCCACACCCAAAUGCAGUCAGAGCACUUAUGUGAAGAUCCUGACCUGCGGGAAAUACUGUCACCCGGGUUUUUUGCAACGCAGCAACAGCAGCAACAACAGCACUGUAAUCUCCAGCGCCCCCUGUCCCAACCACCCCAAUAUGAAGGGCAGCAACUCAAGUCUCCCAAUUAUAGACCUCAUAGUCAACCCCAGCCAGGUCAGCACCAGCUGAAACAGAACCCUCCUCUUGGAAAUAAUUCUACUCAGUCCAAUAACCAACAAAUGCAGCACAAUGACCAUGCAAUGUUCACUUACAAUAACACAACAGAGAUGCAACAACUACAACAACAAAGGCAUUAUCCACCUAACUCAGGCACCAGUAACCUCAAGCCAUUUCAACCACAGCGACCAAGCAACCACUGUCAACAGCCCAACCACAUGGACAUCUCACAGACUUCUACACAGCCACAGUCUCACUUACCACAAAGCAUUUUGAACCAACAGGUAUCAACACAGAUGUAUCCUAAAACUGAACAGCAGCUGAAGGGAUCGUGCUCUCAGUUCCAAAGAGGAACUCGACUACCUCUGGGACCCCCAAGUCCUCAUGGAGACUUUCAGCGACAUGCAGCCCUGCGCAUGCAUUUGUUACAAAGACAAGAGCGCCACGGCCCUCCACAUCCCCCUCAUGCCCUCAUUGACACUAAACAUGGCUUAAGAGCCAUAAAAAUGGAGAAUGGACCCAGAUUUGAGGUGCCUGUUUCACAGCAGCAUGAUCAGCAAUUAAGGACGCAAGAUGCAGGCAUAGGUGGGAUGCAAAUUAAGCAAGAGAAUCAAGAAUCUUUGUGCGAGCAAAGCAAGAGACCGGGAAACAUCUUGGCAUCUAUGGAACAAAGCCUCAGGCAGUACCAGCUUUCACCUGUGUUUGAGAGGAAAUCUCUCGUCAUAAAUUCAUCAAAUAAGGUCAAGGUGGAAUCCUCUGGGCCUGUAACAAUCCUGUCAACCAACACUGACCUGAAUGGGGCAGAAUUGUCUACAGCUCCUUUGGCCAAUGUAGCACUAAAGAAACCCCCUGAUUCGACCCCAAAGAAGGAACACCUGCUACAAAGCUUUAUGGACUCUCCUAUGAAGCUAUUAGACACGCCUAUAAAGAAUCUAUUGGAUACCCCUUUGAAAACACAAUACGAGAUUGCAUCAUGCCACUGUGUUGAACAAAUAAGUGAGAAGGAUGAAGGCCCGUACUACACUCACUUGGGGUCAGCUCCGAACGUUGCCAGUAUACGGGAAAAGAUGGAGAAAAGGUCUGGUCUAACAGGUCGUGCCAUCAGAAUUGAAAAAGUAGUAUACACUGGCAAGGAAGGGAAAAGUACACAAGGGUGUCCCAUAGCCAAAUGGGUAAUUCGACGAGCCAGCGUGGAGGAAAAGCUGCUGGUGUUGGUGCGUGAACGUUCUGGUCACACUUGUGACACAGCCUGCAUCAUUGUGGUAAUUCUUGUGUGGGAGGGCAUCCUUCCCAGCCUGGCCGACCGCCUCUACCUCGAACUCAGUGAAACUCUGAGAAAGCAUGGAGCCCUCACCCAGAGACGAUGUGCUCUCAAUGAGGAGAGGACAUGUGCAUGUCAAGGGUUAGACACAGAGGCUUGUGGAGCCUCUUUCUCCUUUGGCUGCUCCUGGAGCAUGUAUUACAAUGGCUGCAAAUUUGCCCGCAGUAAAAUGCCAAGAAAAUUUAAGCUGCUGGGAGAUGAUAUGAGAGAGGAGGAGAAAAUUGAGAGCAAUUUCCAGAAUCUGGCAACCUUAUUGGCUCCCUUGUAUAAAACUUUGGCACCAGAAGCAUAUGGAAACCAGGUGGAACAUGAACACAGGGCACCAGACUGUCGUCUAGGGCUCAAGGAGGGUCGACCCUUCUCUGGAGUGACUGCCUGUCUGGACUUCUGUGCUCAUGCUCAUAGAGAUCUUCACAACAUGCAGGGCGGCAGCACUGUGGUUUGUACAUUAACAAAGGAGGAUAACAGAGAGAUUGGGAAGAUACCAGAGGAUGAGCAGCUUCAUGUACUGCCCCUCUAUAAAGCUUCCAACACUGAUGAAUUUGGAAGUGAGGAGGGUCAGCAGGAGAAAAUCAAAUCAGGCGCCAUCCAAGUCCUCAGUGCCUUCCGCCGCCAGGUGCGCAUGCUUGCAGAACCUGCCAAAUCUUGCCGACAGAAAAAGCUGGAUGCUAAGAAGGCAGCUGCCAACAAGAAUGCCAUGUUGGACAACACUGAUGAUAAAGCAGAGAAGGCCCAUCUGGCCAAGUCCAAAGCUGGCACUUACGAUAAUACCACUCAGAGCACUACUAUGACAGGUAUUAUUCCAGGUGCUGUAGGAGCCACUCUACAGCCAGGUCAACGAACACACCCCUUUGGGGACCAUCAUCAGCAACAGCAGCACCAGAGUAUUCUUCCUCCCUAUCCUGGCUCGAAAAAUACACCCAGGUACCCCACCUUCCCCAACCAACCUGGAUCUUUUCCAAGCACUUCCAAGCCAGGAAGCAUGUACCCCCCUCAGCCACCAACACCAGCCAGCCCUUACCCCUCCCCGCUCCAUGUACCAAACUCCUACAUGAAUGGAUCAAAUCGCCCAUACCCAGGAUAUCAGUCUAAUGGAGGAAUGCCCCUUGACAAUUACCAUCCAUAUUAUGCUUCAAACCCAAAGCACCUCGACAUGUAUCAACAACAGCGGCCAGCCCUUUACACAGAGCAGCAGUACGGUGUACAUAAACGUUACGAGGUCAAUUAUCCACCAAGGUACGGUGAGCCAGCUUUACAGGCCAAUGGCUACAAUGCCUGCAGCAUGAGGCCAGUACACCCCAUGAGACCUUUUCCUCCCUUUGGUCCCAGUGGAGCCCCUGAUCCUCAGUUCAUGGAUCCCCUCUCAAGAGCACCCUCAGCCCAUGGAGGUCUGGAGUACACAGCUGCUAUGAACAAAGGUAACCAGUUUGGAGGAUACCCAAAUCCAUACCUUUCUCAGAGCUCUCAAAUCUUAACCCCAGGCCAAGAUCCUUUCCAUAUGCAUAUCAAAACAGAGAUGGGUGCACCACGCCCACAAAUGCUUUCUGCGCAAUUAAGUGGCGGGUGUUUAAACCCUGACACACAGUUGGGGUUAGGCAUACCUAAUGGUAUCAAGCCAGAGCCUGGAACACCUCAGACACCCACAACCCCACAAAAGCCUGAGAUGUGGUCAGACAAUGAGCACAACUUCUUAGACCCUGAGAUUGGUGGUGUGGCGGUGGCACCGACACAUGGCUCAGUCCUUAUCGAGUGUGCAAAACGGGAGCUCCAUGCCACAACACCCCUUAAAUAUCCCAAUCGCAACCAUCCAACACGAAUUUCCCUAGUCUUUUACCAGCACAAAAAUAUGAAUGAAGCCAAGCAUGGUUUGGCGCUGUGGGAAGCCAAAAUGGCUGAAAAGGCUCGGGAGAAGGAAGAGGAUGCAGAGAGGAACGGGGGUGAGGGGACACCUAGCAAGAGCAACAAGAAAGGGGUGAAGCGAGAGCACCAGGAAUCAUCAGAAACCACAGGAACACCUCCGUACAAGCGUUUUAUUCAGGCACUUAUGGAGGGCUCCUUGUCAUGCACAACAAACACUUAUGUCAGUUCAUCUCCAUACGCCUUCACAAAGGUCACAGGGCCUUACAGCCAGUUUGUGUAGAAAAUAUUCAUGAAGAAGAAAAAAACUGAAGGGGGUAUUUAAGACAAAGACCACAAGCACCACUGGCCUUGUCCAUACACUCCUUUCUGUACGUUAGCCACAGUGAUGCACAGGAACUUAAGAUCAGACGAGAACGUCUUUCAUCCUCUUAACAAUCAAGCUUUACCAGUUGACUACUAGGGAUGUACUUAUUUCUUUGCAAUUACAUACUGUCAAAAUCUCUGGUGCUUUCACUCUGACACACAUGGACCUAUUUUUUUAAUGGAAACAAAGUUUCAUUUUUGGUGGCUUUAUUUUUCUUACAAAAUUUUGGAGAUGCCAUCUUGGCACUGACUUUGUAAACAUCAACAUUUAAGGUGCUAAAAUGAGUUUAUAUUUUCAUUUAUUCUAUUUUAAAUUAAUGCCUUCACACUAUUAACACAAUUCACUCAAGGACUGACGGUUACUUGUUUCAACAGGACAGUAAAACAUACAACUCUACUGUUAAAUCAUCAGCAUAGGAAUGAUUUAUGGCAAGUCAGUGUUUCUUCAAGCACUUUUAAUAAUCAAGUUAAAUGAUUUGGCAAUACCUUUGAAUUUGAAAAAGGUUUUACUGUGACCCUACAGAGAUAAUGUUUAAUUUCAAAAUAUCAGUUAAUGAAAUGAUGACAUAGCGUUCAUGCAAGAACAGUUUUUAAAACCAUCAGUUCUGGUGCUUCUCUCACAUAGUUCUCUCACUUUCUUAUGUCAUUUAUACUGUAAAUUGAGCCAUUUUAAUGGUGAAUUUUUAACAUUUUGAGGAAGAACAAUGACAGUGGUGUUGAUUUAGUUUUUUUCAAGGCUCACUUUUGUUGUCAGCGACUGUUUUUAAUGUUCCUUACCUUAGGUUCAAUGAACAAACCUGGACUGUGAAUAUUUCAUGUAGUUUUUAUGUCUGUGGUGCUUAGUUAAUGUGCUUUUUCUACACUGAGGAACAUAAAACAGGGUAAGCUCAGCGUCAGUUUCAGAGGGCAGCUGGCUUGCUGUGGGGUCUUUAAUUAUUGCAAUCUAACUGUAAGAUAUAAAGAUGAGAUUUGUACAGUAAGUUAAUUUCCCUUUUGGAAUUACUGUUCUGGAUUUUGUGUUGUAAAGAAUGCUAACAGCCUAUUUCAUUGUAUUUCUUUGGGUUUCAACUUCUUUUAUAUCAUGAGGUGCUAUACAACCCACUAGAAACAUACAAUGUGAGACUCUGGGCAAUGAGAAAGCUUAUAAAUAAUGUAAAGUACAGACCUGUCAUAUACCUCAAAAAUAUUUUGGCAAUAGGAUAAAAACAUAUUUUUUCUUCCUUUGUGUGUUACUUUUAAAGUGUUUAUAACAGCUUAGCUUCAGGCCACCAAAAGGCAUAAAAGUUCAUUUCUUGCUUUCUAAACAAUCCCGUAGAAAGUAUUACUUGAACUUGAAUCUUUGAUGUUACUGUAAAUUCAGGGACAUUUUUAAUGUCAAUUUCAACUUUUUACAUCCUCACUGACUGUUUUCAUCUUGACAUUUUCUCAUUCAGGUGCUUGCCAUUGCAUCCUGAAUCCACGUAUCUUUUUCUAUAGCUACUACACACAAAACUUCUGAGGAAAAAAUAAAAAGAAACUGUCCCUCAACUUUUAAUUUAAAUUUAAGCCACUAGAAAGGUGGUGAACUUUUAAAUGUAAUUUUAAAAUAUAUGCACUGAGUUGGUUAAAGGGAAAUAAUGAUGACUAAAUAAAAAGCAAAGUUUGCUUUAGCUAUAAGGCAAGACCAGGGCAGCAAAUAAGGUAAUUGCACAAUCUUGUGCCUGUUAAUAGUUAAAUUUAUUUAUAACCACUAAGCAAUUGUAAAAUUCAUUUCCCUGCCCUUUUGAUUUUUUGACGUGGUGUAUAAUUGAAUGAUUGUCAUGUUGUAGUAACUUUCCCCCUUCAUAAUAAUCUCAGUUUCUGAAAGCACUUCAUUUCUUUUCAGGAAAAAUUAUGUAAUAAAAAAAUUGCAAAACAUUUUAUUUAAACAAAUUGUAAAUGUGUUAAAAAUAAAUUAUGUCACAUUGUACAUACCAAGAACCUGUAUUACAGUAUUCUGUGAUACAACUCAUUCUUUCAUGCUGAUGCAGGUCCUUCUAAUUGAUCCGCAGCACCUCUAGCAGCGAUUCUCAUCAUAUCUUCAAAUAUCCCUCUGGCUCUUUCAGGUUUAAAAGAAUGAUCACGGUUAGAUAAUCCAGGAAGUCUUUGUAAAAUUUGUGCUAACUUUCACAGCAAUGUUUACAGUAAUAGAAUCAUGUCCACUCAGACAUUAGAGGUUCUAGUUUCUUUUUUACCUGUUCCAGUUUUGUAAAAUAAAUCUACAAAAAAAGUCAAAUUUUGUUGUACAGAACCCAGCUAAGGUAGCAGGUCGUGGUUGAGAGAGGAGAGGUGUCUAAGAUAUAGCGGGUUUAAAAGCAUAGCCAUACUUGAAGAUGCUUCGGAGUGUUUCUGAGUGAGUCAACAUUACUUGAAUGACUUUCUGGGCUUAACUUGUGCACUAAAUGUGCUCAGCUCAAGAGGUUCAGCUAGCAGUUGAUACACACUUGGUCUCUGCAGUUAGACACUAAAGGUAUAAAAAAAGUGCAACUUUUUCCUGUUUUAUUUUUAAGGCUUCCCUUGUUCUCCUGAAGUUUGGUUUGCUGCAAAAAAGGAAUUAAGGAUGGAUAUUAAUACUGUAAGUAUUGUAAUGUACUGAAUGCAGUUUAUUUGAAAGCUGUUUAUUAUAUCAUUCCUGAUAUUGCUGAGAUGUGGGUGUUUUUUUAAUAAAAUUUAUAUUUAUUUAAAGCGA